ACGCGAUUGUGGCGAUAUAAAUCAAACACAGAAGUUGCAGAAGAGGUGUGGAGCUUGGAAGUGUCAGUAGUUGUGCCCAGCAGUUUCAAACUUGGAGUUUCUUUUUGAAGAUCAGAUGAGAAAAACUCCAUCAAAUCUGACAAGAACAGCCCAGACAGCUGCUGCUCCUACUGCUCAAGCCAAACAGAAUUUGAAAAAUUUUGAAAUUUACAGAUGGAAUCCUGAAAAAGCUGGUGACAAACCAAGGGUACAGACCUAUCAAGUGGAUCUCAAUGACUGCGGACCCAUGGUGCUUGAUGGUCUUAUCAAAAUCAAGAAUGAAAUGGACCCCACUUUAACCUUCCGUAGAUCAUGUCGUGAGGGAAUUUGUGGCUCAUGUGCCAUGAAUAUUGAUGGCACAAAUACUCUAGCUUGCAUAUACAAGAUCAAUGAAAGCCCAAGCAAGUCUGUUAAAAUCUACCCAUUGCCUCAUAUGUAUGUGGUCAAGGAUUUGGUUCCUGACAUGAGCAACUUCUAUGCCCAGUACCGCUCCAUUGAACCAUACUUGAAGAAGAAAGAUUUAAAAGAUGAAGAUAUUGGCAAAGUUUCCUACCUUCAGUCUGUGGAAGACAGAGCCAAACUUGAUGGGUUAUAUGAGUGCAUCUUGUGCGCAUGCUGCAGCACUUCCUGUCCCAGCUACUGGUGGAAUUCUGAUAAAUAUCUUGGACCAGCUGUACUCAUGCAAGCAUACAGAUGGAUGAUUGACUCUCGUGAUGACUUUACUGAAGAGCGUUUGGCGCUAUUGGAGGAUGGCUACUCCGUGUACAGAUGCCACACUAUCAUGAACUGUACCAAGACAUGCCCUAAGGGACUUAAUCCUGGCCGAGCCAUUGGAGAAAUCAAGAAGAUGAUGAUGAGCUACAACAAACAGAAAGCAGCACAUUAACAUAUUAACAAAUAAAUUAUCCUAAUCAAGUUUUAAAAGAUGAGGUUUAGGUCUAGAUUGCAUAUUACAUGUAAUCUAAAAAGGUAAUAUAAUCUAACAAAGGGAGAUAACCUGCUUUUUUUUGUUGCCUGAGAUUACAAAUUACACAUGUCCAUUCUAUUAUCUAAAUAUACAAAUGAGAAAGGUAAAAAUUGAUCUGAAAUAGAAUGCUCAACUUGAAAAAUGAAAAUCUCUACUGUAAAUAUGUUUGUAUAUCAGCUAAAGAAAAGUGUAUUGUUGAUGUUACUACCAUCGUGGUUUGAUGAUUGAAGACUGCACCUUCAGUGCGUGUCCUUUUAGUAGUGUAGGAUUUAGAAGUGUACCAAAAGUUAGCUCUUAUUUUCUAAGUUAUUGUCUUUUAUUUUGAUUCAACAUUAAAAGUUAAAGUUGAAA